AUGGAAGACUUCCAUCGCCAAACGGGAGAUAAUUUUCCCACGUUUUUCGAGGCUUUUGUCUUAUUAUCGCCUCGCAAAGUUCGUAUUACUUGUCGCACCGCAUUGAAUAUGGAAGAAGUGUGUCAUCUCGGGCUUACGUUUCGAGAUGUUCGUCUAACGUUCAACCCGGUCAGGACGGCCAAAUGGGCAAACAUUACGCGCCUGAGUUAUGGGAUUCUCAAUAAAGCGAUUGCUGAUGCUUUGAAGCCAUACGGCAAAGUCAUUCAGAAUAAAAUAUACUCCUUUCAUGGAGUUUAUGUUGGGGUUCGUCAGGUCUUAAUGGACCUAUCUAAACCUAUUCCUUCGCGGUUGACUAUUGCAGCUCAUUCCUGUAAUUGUUUUUAUGUUGGUCAGGUUCAAACGUGCUUCUCGUGCCACCAGACAGGUCACAUGACUAAACAUUGCCCUAAUCACGCGCGUACUACAGGCAAUAUCAUCAAUGCAGAUGGUCCAUUGACGGGAGUAAAUCGACCGUCGACCUGUGCAGUACCUGAAGAACGCAUUGGUUCCCAUGGUACGGGUAAUUUAGUUAGGUACACCACUGAUGAGAGUCACACGCGUUUUCCGAAAUUAACAGAUGGUCCUCAUUCGUCCAUCACAGCUAUUAAUGCCGAUAGCCAUAGUCUGGAUGCUAGUUCUACAAAUAAUAAUCUUGGUAAUCAGCAGUUGAACAAUUCAGUCACUCACUCUGAUGUUCCUAAUGCAGUUGUUAGGGGAAUAAAAAUGUUCGUAACAUCAAUAAAGGUGGGGUCACAGCUACGUUACCCCCGUCCUCUACAGCAGUUUCUUCUCCCGUGGUUCAGCUAUAUUCUCAUAAAGAUUCUGACAACUCGGAAGAUGAAGAUAAGUUUGUUGAUGUCCUAGAGGAACUGCCAUUACAAGAAGGUGGAGGUGGAGAGCAGCCAGUUACUAUAGUCCUUGGGAAACGCACUAGGGAACUUGAUGACAGGGAUGUUUCCGAUAUUUCGGAAAAGCGAGUCGAUCGAAAUCCUUCUUCGGAUGGGAGUGUAGUUGAGGAUGAUUUUGUCCCUUCUUUUCUGCCUCUCCCCCCUAGUCCUUUGGCUCGUUUUUCCUCCUCCAAUUCGUUUUCGUCUCUUAGUGACGAAAGUUGAUCCAAUAUAUAUCCAUGGAGCAUGAUGCAAAUGGUGUUGCAAUUCCACUUGAAAGAACUACAUCUGUGCAGAGGAAGGUUCGUACCCGCAAAUCGCAAAGGCCUUCUAAAGUGGAUGAUUCUUCACCUCUUCCCUCCGCUCCUCCUGCGGAUGACUCUGUGCAUAUUGCUUCCGAAAUCCUUGGUACGCCCUUCAUCGAAGCUUAUGAAGGCGGAGAUGAUGAGGAUGGUGGUGGUAAAGAUAACGAAUACCCUAACAUACCUGAAAAUGGAUCAGAAUUUAGCACGGCUCAGGAAAAUGAUCUUCGGACUACUCCCUCAACUCAAAUUCCACCGAACCUUCCCAGGAAGGAAAAUCGUGAUUCGGAAUCUCAAUCUCCAAUUGAUACCUAA